AUGAAGCGGUUAUUCCAGCGGGAGAACAGCGAGUACCGGCGACUGCGCACGCAUGACGGCGUUGAGGACGCAGCGUCGUUCGGCUUUGGCGAGGAUGUCGAGCAGCCGCUCCUGAUGCACGCCACCCCCGGCAGCCAGUUUGGCAACAGCAGCAACAGCAGCAGCAGCAACAACAACAACAGCAGCACCAGCAGCAGCAACAACAACAGAGACGACGGCAAGCGCGGAUUGCUGUCAAAGUUUGGCGGCUCGUCCGACGGCGCGUCCUCGCCCUCGCCCCAGUCCCAGUACCGCGACGGCACCGAGUCGUCUGCCUUCCUGUCGAGCUCCAUGUCUGGCUCUGGCUCUGGUGGUGUCUCGUCCGGCGGUCACGGUGGUCUCGGCGGGCUCGGUGGCACCGGCUCGUCCAGUCACGAGCACCAUCACCACCACCACUCGAGCAGCGCCGUGCUCAAGCCACCGCUCGACGACGCCUCGGCAUCGGUCAGCGCGUCGUACUUUAACCUCGCCAACACCAUCCUCGGCUCGGGUGUUCUCGCGCUCCCGUCAGCCAUCCGCAUGUGCGGCGUCGUCCUCGGGCCGCUCCUCAUCUUCCUCGGCGCAAUCGCUUCAAGCUUUGGACUUCAGCUGCUGGUCGAGUGCGCAAGACGCACCGGACAGGUCAAUGCGUCGUACUUUACGGUCGCCAAGCACACCUACCCCAAGGCUUCCAAGCUAAUCGAUUUGGCAGUCGCUCUCAAGUGUUAUGGCGUGGCUAUCUCGUACCUGAUUGUCGUCGGUGACUUGCUCGUGGCUGCCAUGCUUUCCUUGUUCGAUGUCAGCUCCGACAGCGUGGUGGCUGAUCGCCGCUUUUGGAUUGGAAUGGCCAUGCUCAUCGAGCUUCCACUCUCCAUCCAAAAGCAUCUCAAUUCCCUGCGUUGGGCAAGUGUUGCCGCCCUGGCGACGGUCAUCUACCUCACUGGUCUUGUGUGCGGCAAUUACUUUGCUUCUGGCGUGGAUGCCAGUGCCGAUGCGUUUGAGCUCGAAUACUGGCGUUCCGAUGUCGAUGUCAUUACAGCGCUCCCAAUCAUCGUUUUUGCCUUUACCUGCCACCAGAAUAUUUUUACGAUAUAUGGCGAACUCCGAAAUCCAACCGCGGAACGCAUUCACAAGGUGAUCAACUUGGCCAUCAGCUCCUGCUUGUUCAUCUACUUUACCGUUGGCAUUUGUGGCUACCUCACCUUCCGAUUGAUAACGCGAUCCAACAUCAUUCUCAACUUUCUUGGCUUUGUCGGAGCAACCGGCUCUACCACUCUGUGCUAUCUCUUGCCCGGCCUGUUUUAUCUCAAGCUUGAGGCCAAUGCCUCGAAAUGGCACUGGAGGCGCAUCGGAGCUCUGAUUCUGGCCGUUGUCGGCGUUAUUAUGAUUUUUGUCGCAAACACGCACUGCGACCUCAAGCUCGACAACGUCGACCAUCCUUUCGUCCGGAACGCCCUCCGCCCUGGAUACGUCAACCGUGCUUUCGUCCGCAACGCCCUCCGCCCUGGAUACGUCAACCGUGCUUUCGUCCGGAACACCAUCCGUGACGCUCGAUUCAAGUGCGACGCUGGAUGUUAGCACCACUGCGACAGACCUGUUGACAUCCAGUGCCUUGGGCACUGAUACUAGCGCUCUCGCGUCAGAAAGUGCUACAUCUGUUAUCGACACUCUGCUUUCAAUCUUUACAAGCACAGACGCUCCUCAGUCCACGGCUUGAGUUUGAGCAAGUCUUGUGUUUGGUUGUUUGGUGUCUUUGUGUUUUUUUGUGUGGUUGUUGUUGUUUUGCAUGAUAGUGGCUAGCCACGUAAUUAAUCCAUUAAUGCACUGUUCAGUACCAAG